UGACGUGUCCGAUAUUAUACGCCAUUUUGUGUAGCGAAACCAACGCCUUCAGUACGGAACUGUUGGCUGUAUAAAGCAACGGACAGCGUAGCUCGUCCAGGUGGAGAAGGUGUAUUGCAAGAACCUUUUCUUAAGAUUUGAGCGUAGGCCUCCCUUGUGACAGCUGAAGUCUACUGCCUUAUAGAAUUGACGUGGCCAUUUCAUACUCGAGGAAAAUCGGUACACAGGUAUCUGAAGGCAUCAUUGAAGUGUCUCUUCAGUCAUGGGGGGCGUGUUUGCCAGCCUCUUCAAAGGCCUCUUUGGCAAAAAAGAAAUGCGCAUCUUGAUGGUUGGCCUUGAUGCUGCAGGGAAGACUACUAUUCUGUACAAAUUAAAACUUGGUGAAAUUGUGACCACUAUUCCAACUAUAGGUUUUAAUGUUGAAACUGUGGAGUACAAGAACAUUAGUUUCACGGUGUGGGACGUUGGUGGGCAAGAUAAAAUCAGACCUCUGUGGCGUCAUUAUUUUCAGAACACACAAGGUUUGAUCUUUGUGGUUGACAGCAAUGACAGAGAGAGAGUAAGUGAAGCCAGGGAAGAAUUGAUGAGAAUGUUGGCAGAAGAUGAACUUCGGGAUGCUGUCUUGUUGGUUUUUGCCAAUAAACAGGAUUUGCCUAAUGCAAUGAAUGCAGCAGAGAUUACAGACAAACUUGGACUACAUUCACUCCGUCAUAGGAACUGGUACAUUCAGGCAACCUGUGCAACUAGUGGAGAUGGCCUUUAUGAAGGACUGGACUGGCUAUCCAAUCAACUUCGUUCAAACCACAUGAAAUGAGAAUGAGGAAUGUACUUUACUCCUUUUGUUUUCUUUACUUGUUUCUUCCCACCCUUCCCUCUGCUUCAUUCUCUAGUGUGGCUAAUGGCUACUUUUGUGGUAUUGGGUGCCGGAAGCUGAUGUACUUUUAUUUUUGGUAUAUUACAUCGCACUGCAUAUGUUUGGAGUAAGUUUCAAAAAAUAAUUAGAUUUAUUUAAUGUAAAUAGUUUUUGCCUGCAGUGAGUCAGUUUCUGGCACUCCUAUGCAAUAUGUACUUGACUUGUUUUCUCUAGUUUUUGGGAGGGGGGUUAUUUAAAUGGAUCAACAUAUGUGGAUAACAGUGCGCAUGCAUCGUGCAAUACAGCCUUAUCCUGUUGGUUAUGAGAUCUGUGAUCUGUGCAGAGUUUUGUGGCAAGAUACCAUUUUAUCUGAUAUGUCACAAUGUUGAGGGCUUUCCUUUCUUUGGCCAGUGAAAGAAAAGUGACACUUGAAUCAUUUGUUUUAUUCCAAGAUUUUUAGUGUACACCCAUUUCUUUAACCUUGUAACCUUUUGAAUUAAUAAAUUGUGUAAGCAAAUAAUGGGUGUUGCUGUGGGGGAGUUUUUUUUCCGCUGUAUUAGACUGGUUAAGCUAAAGGUUUUAAGCAUCGAAAUGGAUAGAUGAAUGCACAGUAACAUUUUGUAAGCAUUUUUAAAGCUUUUAUAAAAAAAAGUACCAUUUGUUCAGACUUCAUCUGGAAUUUUUUUUCACUUAUUUGCAGCAGUCCUUCAGGCAAGCUGUUGGCCAACAUUCAGACUGCAGUUGGGCACUGAGCAGCUUUCAUUUGGUUGCAUUUUAGCAGUAUUUUUAUAGCCACAGUUCUGUUAUUAGAAUUCAGUACUGUACCUUAACAACAUUGCUGAAAGAUGUGAAUGUGCAUUUUUUUGCCUGUAAAAUUUAAUGUGGAAUCUUGUCUUUAAUGAAAAUAAAAUUUAAUGUUAAAAUUUAAAUGUUUAAGGCUGAAAGACUUGAUAUUACAGAGGAGAAUGUCUCAUUUUGCGUCAACUUGGAUGUUUGUUUUAAAUUAAAUGCAGUUUGACACUUAUAAAGCCUGUUUGACACGUGUAUAAAGCCUUGCAACUUCGGACACUGGAAUUUUUGCUCAGAAGGUUGUUCCUUUGGUCAGUUUUGGGGUACAAGAACUUCUCCAUGGAUCAUAGUUUAGGUAUUUGCUCUUUAUGGCUACAGUCAGUAUCAAGUACUGUAUUUUUUCCAAUUCUGUGAAUUUAAUGCUGAACAGUUUCUUGUAGGAAUGAAGCAUGUUUGAGAAUCAUUCCAUUCUAGUGUUACAAUGGACUUGGCCUUAUUCCAUUUUGUGUGUGUUGUAUACUUACCAGUGACAUCCCGCUGCAAGGGUAAUUUUUACCACCAAAGCCAGCCUUUUUUCUAAUUGAUCAACACUGAAGAACUGGGGGCUGUUUGGAAGUUCUGUUUGUAUGUUUCAUCUGAUUUGUUCACAUGUAAUAUUUGUUGCUUUCUUUUUCACAAGUACUCAUUUUUGUAUCUUUUCAGUUACUUUCGACAGAACAAGCACUGUAAUGCUAUUAGAAUAAAAUGUCAAAGAUGUCUAAA